AUGGAGAAUUCUGGUGCGGCCACCGCCCCAAGUUGUGGCGCUGCCGAGGCUGGUGCUCGGCUGGAAUCUUCCGAAUUUCCGACGCUUGACUGUUUUGGCUUCUCCGCGGCCACGGUUCACUAUCAGGACGAGGUGGAUGACCCUCAUCGCCCAGCUUUACCUGCUGCUUCCCCAUUGUCUGCUGCUCUCACCGCAACGGUUCCUUUUCCCAAUCUUGACGAUUUAACCCCGACCGCGCACCACAACAGCUACAGCAAAAGUGAGCCUUCUUCACCCGGCAUCAUCAGCGCGUCUACGCCUUCCCCUGAUUCCAAGGCACCCUUUGUGCGUGGGCAUCGCCGCCGUUCCACCCACGUUACUCGUCGUGACCUUGAGAAAUUCAGAAAAGAAGUGUUGGGUUUGGAGUCCUCCGGGUUCGGCUUUGACGACGACCAUAACCUCCCUAAACCGAAUCCUGCUGUCGAUCCCGAGUUCAACGCAUUAAACAACGCUUUCGACUCCGCAAACAUGUCGAUGAACAGCAGUGGGGGCAUGACGGGCAGUAGCCCUGGGUCGGCCAUGUUUGCCAGCUACGGCGAUACCUCUGGCGGUGCUUCAGGCAUGUCCAAUGUUCCUCGUCCCUCGAUGUCGCCUGCGAUGCCUCAUCCACCGGCUCAGGUCAACGGCGGCGGAAUGCCUGGUAUGAAUGGCGGAGUUCCUAUGAACGCGGGUCAUCAGAUGGAUCUGCAUCAUCUCUACGAUAUGGUGUUGGAGUUGAGCGACGUGUUGAAGAACAAUCGCGAAAUGACGAAAAGCAUAGUGACUAGUGCGGAGGAAAUUAUGAAACGGUCUGGUUCGGAGGGUUCCAACCCGACUUUGCAACAAGUGAACGGGGAAAUCACCGGUGCCCGUAUUACCGAACUCGAGCGUGCCCUUGCCAAAGAGAGACGUUUAGUUGAAGUUUUACGAACCGAGCAGGCGGAGAACGCCAAACUGAUUGGGGAAUAUGAGGCAACUCUCGGGACGAUGGUUGAGCAAAUCCGCAACUACUGCCAAAACAACAACAUGCACUAUCUGUCUCAGAAACGCCACUACAACAAUUUGCUCCAAGCGGAGCGUGACUCCCACCUGGAGAGCCGCUUAGAUCGUGACUACUGGCAUGCGCAGACGAUGAAGUGUGCCGAGAUGAUUCGGACGGCGUACCGUCUCCGCUCCGAGGAGGAAGAGCUGCCUAUUAGGAUUGUUGCAGGCCUACAGAACGAGGUGCGGGCGUACCGCAACGCGCUUGGUAUGGAGCCCGAGAGGCCAGAGGACGAAUUUGGAUGGGAGAUCCUGAAGGAUGUCCCUGGCAGUGCCGAAUGA